AUACUACCGGGCCAAUUGGAAACUUCCGUCGACCCGAGGUUCCUGCCCGGACUAAUCCAUCUUUCUCUCUCUCUCUCUACAUCUCUACGGCUGCUGCGUUUUCGUGGAAUCCCCAAUCUCCAGUCAAUUCCCUUCAACGCCUUUCCCAUUCCAUAAUCGUCCACGUUUAGAAUAUCAAAAUCCCCUUUUCCUUUCAUCCAUAACCAUGGAUUCAUAAUACCGAUCGUUACCCUUUCUUUUUAAUUUCUCCGAUCAGCAGACGCCAAUCGUCAACUAGGGCUUUCCAGAUUAUCAUUUAAUUCUUAUUAGCUUUUCAGGGUUUCGAUCUGUCAAGUAUUUGCUUCGCGUAUGUGCGAAAGAUGUACAGCAAUUUCAAGGAACAAGCGAUCGAUUAUGUAAGGCAAGCGGUUCAAGAAGAUAAUGCUGGGAAUUACGCAAAGGCUUUCCCUUUGUAUAUGAACGCUUUGGAGUACUUCAAAACCCAUCUCAAGUACGAGAAGAACCCUAAGAUUAAGGAAGCUAUUACCCAGAAAUUCACCGAGUAUCUCCGUCGGGCUGAGGAGAUUAGGGCUGUUCUUGAUGAUGGUGGGUCUGGUCCUGCUGCUAGUGGCGAUGCAACUGUGGCCACGAAACCCAAGUCAAAGACAAAGAAGGAUGGGGGAGAGGGCGGGGGAGAUGGAGAGGAUCCAGAGCAAUCCAAACUGAGAGCUGGGUUGAAUUCAGCCAUAGUCAGGGAGAAGCCUAAUGUUAAGUGGAACGAUGUUGCAGGGCUUGAAAGCGCUAAACAGGCAUUACAGGAAGCAGUUAUAUUGCCUGUCAAGUUCCCCCAGUUCUUUGUUGGCAAAAGAAGGCCAUGGAGGGCUUUCCUUUUAUAUGGUCCACCUGGAACAGGUAAGUCAUAUUUAGCCAAAGCUGUUGCAACUGAAGCAGAUUCUACUUUUUUCAGUGUGUCAUCUUCGGAUCUAGUUUCAAAGUGGAUGGGUGAAAGUGAAAAGCUAGUUUCUAACCUUUUCCAAAUGGCUCGUGAAAGUGCACCAUCAAUAAUCUUCAUUGAUGAAAUAGAUUCCCUAAGUGGUCAGCGUGGUGAAGGGAAUGAGAGCGAGGCUUCUAGGCGUAUUAAGACAGAGAUUCUUGUGCAGAUGCAGGGUGUGGGGCAUAAUGAUGACAAAGUGUUAGUACUUGCAGCCACUAAUACUCCAUAUUCCUUAGACCAGGCCAUCCGAAGGCGGUUUGACAAGCGUAUAUACAUUCCCCUACCAGAUAUGAAGGCGCGACAACAUAUGUUCAAAGUGCAUUUAGGCGAUACUCCUCACAACCUGACUGAAAGUGAUUACGAGAGUUUGGCUCGUAAAACUGAAGGGUUUUCUGGUUCCGAUAUUGCUGUUUGUGUGAAAGAUGUACUGUUUGAGCCAGUUCGUAAAACUCAGGAUGCAAUGUAUUUCUUCGAGACUCGUGAUGGCAGUUUGAUUCCUUGCGGCCCAAAGCAACCAGGGGCUAUACAAACAACCAUGCAAGAUCUUGCUGCCAAAGGACUUGGUUCCAAGAUUACCCCACCUCCAAUUACGAAAUCAGACUUUGACAAAGUUCUCACAAGACAGAAACCAACUGUGAGCAAAUCAGACCUUGAAGUGCACCAAAGAUUUACAAGAGAAUUUGGAGAGGAAGGUUGAAAUCGCGUUAUCUCUAUGUACUACUACUUCUACUACUGGCUUUGUAGUAAGAAUUUGGAUGGAUCUGAGUACACUGACUUAUUGAAUUUGAUGUUGUUAGAUUGAUUUCAUGAAAAACAGUAGGAGGAGCCCUUCUCCUUUCUCUAUUAUCUGGUACUGAGUACUGACCACUACAAUGAAUAUGUGAUUUAUUUGAAAUUAUUGAAUAUGCUUUUGCUUGUUGGGAAGAAAGGGACAGAUAUCAACUCUCCUUUUUAGCACAUGGAAAUGCAUAUGCAAAGUUUCUCACUUUUUUGCAUCCA